CUGAUGGUGUUGGAGAUGGCAAUUUUUGGAGAGUACAUAUAUCGUAUCCGAGCGGCUGAGAGGGGACUUGGUAAAAGUUUGCACCGGUUUUAACCGGUUAGAAGUGAAUGCAGUUGGGCCACGAGUGUUUCAGAAGGAAAUUUUUUCAAGCUGUUGGGUGAAGAGGUCUUCUAAAGGUUCAGAUUAUCUGGAAAAAUGGCACAGCAAAAGCCUGAACAAGUAACCAAGUUCAAAGUAGGUUUUCUCUUCAUUUCAGUGUUUCAACUCAAAUUUGCUAUUUCUACAAAAUGUCUUGAGUUUAGUACACGAGGGCAGUCAACUCGCCGACGCCAACUCGCCGACGUAUAAAUUCGAGUAGAGACGUCGGCGAGAUUUUUUAAGGAAAACUUGGCUUUCUAGACAAGAUCUUUAGUAUAAAGCAAUUAUUUUUAUUUGCAACAAAGUUUAUAGGGAUCUCAAGGCGAAUAAAGUAAAGUAAACAUCGCCAAUGACUACAUCCGCUUCAGACGCGAACGAGUAAUUGUGUGACAACAACACUUAAGACUUAAGACUUAACUCGUUCGCGUCUUAAGCUGUUAUAAGAGUGGUUUAGCAAGAGGACGGGAACGUCAUUUCAGAACGGCACGCGCAGCAAAAAUGCCGAGAAGAAAUUGGUUCGAGAACGCCGUCGCGUUGUGUUGAAAAGUGACUUAGCAGUCGUUUCAACGAACCGUCCACGUUAUAUUUGUUCUUGAAUAUCCUAACUUUGGCUCUUUAGGAUCAUUAUCAGCUUUGAAUUUUCGGUUUCCUAGACCACUUGAAGGACAACGAAAUUAUCUUCUUUGAGAGUGUAACAAGCACAAACCGAGGAUAGUUUACUACAAGUGAGUUGUUAAUAUGAAUCCACUUGGGCGAUUAAACUUUGAAAUUAUUUCAUUCCAGUUAAGUCUCGAGUCUGCAGAUUCAUCUAUCAAAUUUUGAAGCCCACUAAAUAUUUUUUUCUAUGAUUUGUAUCGCUGUCGUUUCGUUUCGUGCUUCUAGAUUUCAGCACUACUCGUUUUUCUUCAUAAUUUGGAAUUGAAAUCGUCACCGUUUUUUCCCUCGUUUACUUAAUAUUCUUCUCAAUCAUGACAGUACACCUAUUUUAAGCACCACCUUCUUAGAGUUGCAAUGUAUUUUGAACGGAGUUAUUAGGAGUUAUGGCGAAAAAAUGUAGAAAUCAAGCGACCCAACGAUGGAGUUGUUUACAAUGAGUUCCCGUUUAACCAUGGACGAAUGAAAUGUACUCAAACCAAUCACCAACGAAACGGUUAGACUGAGAAAUCAGACUUCGUUCCUGUUUUAUUUUGUUUUUGUUUUAUUUAAUUUUUUUAACGAAUAAAUUCGUUCAAGAAUGAAUCAAAUUAAUAGAUUUAGAAAGCCGUGCCGAAAUCAAGUUGAUUGUUAUUUUCUUUCGUAGAUGACUUUCUUGUCUAAGUUUUCACCGGCGCUGAUCAAAACUAAAGACAUAAAAAAGUGCAAACCCGAGCUAUUCUCAAUUUUUUUUUUAUCUCUGACUGCAAUUCACAGAACAAUUUUCAAUCACGGUUAAAACGACAACGACAACAAAUAACACUGAAUAAUAUAGCAGGUAGCCUUCGUGUUGUUUCAUUUUGAUAAACUUCAACAUGAAGCAAGUUUAAUUUAUUGAUGAAUUAAUUCACGAUAAAAUUAACAGCACCCGUUCUUAGAGUUUUCAUACAUGGUUUAAGAAAUGUAUCAAAGAAAAGCCCUUAUGUUGCUUAAAGCCACGCUCAAUUACAAAAGGUAACUGAGCCCUAAAAUCUUAGAUCGCUUGCUGACGAUCGUGUUUCCUUUCGGGAAUCCAGAAUAAAUGUAGCGGUAAAUUUUCACAAAUUCACCGAAUAAGACAAAGAAAGGAAUCUGGUUGUCCUGGAAAUGGGUUCUGAAAUCAUUCCAAACAGCAUUAUCUCGUUUAUAAGUGCACAAUUAACGCAAAUCCUAGGCGUUUUGGUCACGACGGGAAAACCAGCGAAAUGACGUCCUGAACUUGAUGGGGAGAAUGGCAACGCUAACACCGGAAGUCGAAAUAGAGUCGUGUCCAGAUUAUCUGCGCGGUUUCCCGUUCUGAAAUGACGUUCCCGUCCUCUUGCUAAACCACUCUAUAGUCAUUGGUGAUGUUCACCAAUGUUCACCAAUGUUUAAGCUUCUGUUUGAUGUUCACCAAUGUUCACCAGUGUUUUUUUACUAAAUAUCGUUUAAUUUUCUGUAUGUUUAACUUCUAAUAAGUUGUAUUGGAUUGACGACCAACUCGCCGACGUCCCUAAUCGAUUUUAUACGUCGGCGAGUUGGAGUCGGCGAUUUGACCGUAAUUCAUCAUAUGGUAGUACUGAACAUUCGUAUUUUAUAUUUCUGUUUAGCUCGUUCUUGUCGGCGAUGGUGGUAUUGGAAAGACAACCUUUGUCAAACGUCACUUGACUGGAGAAUUUGAAAAAAAAUAUUUUGGUGAGUAACCUACGUGAUCAUAACUUCAUUUCGCAAUUUUCAUCGUAUCAGGGACACCGUUUGCCUACAUUUAACCCAAAACCACGUUGCUAAAGAUAUCUCAUUCGUUUUACGUUAAGGAGUAUUAACUGCGAACCUAUCAGUACAAUUUGAUACUAUAUUUUUUCUACUUAAGCUAGGAAUGAGUAACCUACGUGAUCAUAACUUCAUUUCGCAAUUUUCAUCGUAUCAGGGACACCGUUUGCCUAAAUUUAACCCCAAACUACGUUGCUACAGAUGUCUGAAAUCAAUUAUUUACAAUAAUUCGCUGUAUGGGCAUGACUCUUGUAAAGACACAAUCUAUUUGGAGAAAAUAAUGACAAAUACCUACUAGCUCUGUUAACUUUAUUACACUUUUAUGGAUUAUCCCAGAACCUUUAAACAAAAACUUCGCUUUAUUUCGUUGUUUUUCAACUUUCACAUGAGGAUGCACUUCAGAGAAUUGACUUCUUGAAUUAGUUCCAAAACACUAUAGAAGAAUAGUAUCUUUGCAUGCACUGAUUGUCUAGUUUGGAAGUGAUUAACAAGUACUCUUCACCUCCAAAGAGCAGAAUAGACAAAAUCGUGGCAAGAGUUUCAUUUCUGACCAUUUUUUGAUAAAUUGGCAGAAAUGAAUAUUUUAGUGUAGGGUAUGUGCUAAAACAAUAAUGUACCAUACUGUAGAUGAAAGUGGUGGAUAUGUAAUUUCCCAAUUUGCAGUUUGGUAAAUAUCUACCAUUUAUCACCUCCACCUUGGCAAGUAGUUGGUAAUCAAUAAUGCAGGAAUAUUUGUGAUUUCCCUGAAAAAUUUUUCAUGUGUAGAUGUGGGUGUCAUCAGAAUGUUUGGUAGCUCAUUGGUAAAUGUUCCACUGGGACUUAAUAGUCCUUUUUUUUAUGGAAUUCAAAGAUAUGGUGCAAGUUGACAGUAAAGGAAUAAUUGUUUCUUGACAAGGACGUGUUAUAUAUUGGUUUGUUUCUGUAUCCAGAAACAGUAGGAGUUGAGGUACAUCCACUGGUGUUCUACACAAGCCGAGGGGUUAUCCAGUUUAAUUGCUGGGAUACUGCUGGUCAAGAAAAGUUCGGUGGUCUCCGUGACGGCUACUAUCACCAGAGCCAGGGUGCAAUCCUCAUGUUUGAUGUUACAUCACAAGUAUCAUACAAUAAUGUGACACGCUGGCACAGAGAUCUUGUUCGUGUUUGUGGAGACAUCCCUAUUGUGAUUUGUGGAAACAAAGUUGAUGUAAGAUGUCAUCAAGUCAAGGCUGAUUCUAUAACAUUUUUGAGGUUAAAGAAUUUGCAGGUACUGUUACUUGUGAACUUACUAAGGAAUACCUAAUCAUAUUAUAAGAAAUGACGAAGGAAAUAAGAGUGGCAUUUUAUCUGAAAAAAUGUUAUAACUUUGUUUUCAGUUCUAUUCUUAAAGCAGAAAAGAAUGCUUAAUUUACAACUUUUGAAUCCUUUGAAAUACCUGCAAAGCAUAUUUACCUUAAUGCAUAACUGAUCAAACAUAGGAAACAAGCAUGACAAGUAUUUUGCAUGCAAAACUAGUUUGGUAGGAAAAUAAAAAGGGCCAACCACUAGUCUUGGCCAGCCUUAUUUCUAUUCCAUUUAGCAAAAACAUUUGUAGAAUAUAUACCUCUUCCUGUGAGACCAAACUAAGGUUAUUAUGAAGAAAAAGUCCUUGCAUUCUUCCAGCCAUGCCCAGUAGGGUGAAGUCAGUAGUUUGAAAUGACCUCUGCACUACAUUAAAUCGAACUGAGAAAAAAAUUGUGGGGGCCAAAAUAGCAUGAUUCUCAUUUGGCAGUUCAGUUAAGCCUGAAGGCUUUUCUGUACUUUAUCACUAUGUUACGCAGAUAAAAUACUAUCAUUUAAAAUCUGCAGACUCCUAAAGCAGGAUUUUGUGAUUAAGAGUCUUAAACUCUAAGCAGAAUGCAUUGUUGGUAAUAUUAUCUAGUCUUUCUUUAUUUCCUUACAGUUCUACUAUGUAAGCGCCAAGAGUAACUACAACUUUGAGAAGCCAUUCUUGUGGUUAGCACGAAAACUUCUUGAUGAUCCAAAGCUAAAGUUUGUGAAGAUGCCUGAUCUUGAACCACCAGAGGUCCAAGUUAAUGUAAAACAAAUGCUAGAUUACCUUCAGGAGCUUGUGGAUGCCUUACAAGCAGCUCCCUCAUAAAAUGUCAAUAAUGACAUAUAGUCUGAAUAUUCUUCUGGGAAUGUGUGCUCUUUUGUCUUGGCCAUUCAAUUAUUUUUGUCUCUCUGUUAUAUGUUUUUGUAGUUUAGUAAUACUGUAAACGUCCAUGUAUAAGCUGCAUCCAUAGAUAAUAAGACCUGUGUCAUUAACUUGUCAGUUAGCUUAUCUUUAUUUCCUUACAGUACUAUGAUAUAAGCGCCAAGAGUAACCACAACUUUGAGAAGCCAUUCUUGUGGUUAGAAUUCAUGUAGUACUCACGAGAAACAAAUCUUCUCUUUGUGUACUCUCUUUCACAUAUGGCUAUUUAGUUAGCAAAGAAGCAUCGAGAAAAAUUUAUGGAAAGUGGCCUGUUGUAGAUAACUCACCAUGCAGUCACAAAACAGAAAUUAUUUAUAUAACUUUGUUCAAAAUAUGUCAAGACACCUUUUUUUGUCUUGUGUUGCUGCAACAGUUAUAUGAAGACAUGUCCAGAUAACUCAUAGCUGUCAACAGUGAAAGUUCAGAGAAAGAUGUAGCUAUGACACGGUCACACCUGAUUGCUCCUAAAGCAUGAAGAAUAAAUCUUCUAAUCUUUUGUUUGUUACACUCUUAUUUAUGUCUGAGCAAAAAUGAUGACAAAUCAAUCUUUCCUGUUAGGGAGAGUGAUUGAAAUUGGGGCAUAGACAGUUCACUGGUGUCUUGUGUUCUAAGUGAAGUGUCUUCCUCUGCACUGGUGGGUAGUCCUCUUCAAAAAUGUAAUUUCUGAUGUUUGAGUGACAUGGGAAUGAAUUAGUCAGAAAUUAAUAUUCUGAUGGCAUGUUGAAGAGGUUUGCAUGGCAACACGGUAGUUUCAGAUUAUUUAAGCGUUUUGCAGGAAAAUUAAGUCAUUUUACAUUGGUCAGUCUUAGGUUUGACCACUUUCUUUUUUUUUUUAUUUAAUGUAAUUUUGUUUUACAACUCUCUGUAAAAUAUCACUGCUUUCACUGAAUUUUCUGUGUGAUUAGUAGUGUAACUAGGUUUAUUUUAGUUACCCUUUCCGUGGGGUAUAGUGCUGCUGCAUUAGAUGAGGAGUAUGAUUCCACAUAUUUUUUGGCCACUUCUAAAGAGUGGUUUUUUAGUGGUUUUUUUGUAUCUGGUGUAGCACAGCCUAUUUAAGUGUAACCCUUCAGUUUCAGUGAAUACUUGCAGUACAUUGCAGAUUGUAGUAGGAUGUGUAGACUACAAGACUAGCUGACUCAUCAGUAGGAUGUGUAGACUAUAAGACUGGCUGACU